AUUGGUCUAUUUUCUUGCCAUUUUCAGCGGGUUCAAAUCACAAGAUGUGUCAAACCCCCCUCCGAGUGCCCCACCCCGGGCCCGGGCCGGUCCCACUCAAAAACCACAAUUGUCGUUCCCACACCGGUAUCAGACAGGCGACAACGAUAUCGCACUGCCGCCAACUUUGACGCCAUCGUGAAAGGGUUCAUAUAAACAGUCGACCGCAUGAGGCUGUCCGGCUUACCGCGGUAGUUCUGUAGUCAUCAGACCACUUUUCUGCAGGAACCAAGAUCGAGGUGCAUUACUUUUACUCACAAUGGCAUCAGCACAUCAAUUGAAAGAUGCUUCUCUUCUGAAGACAUCAUGCUACGUCAACGGGCAAUGGGUUGGCGCCAAAUCUGAGAAAGUAUUCUCAGUCGAGAACCCUUCAACCCUCACCGAGGUAGCAAAGUGUCCCGAGUUCGACGAGGCCGACACCGAAGCAUCCAUCCUCGCCGCCCACGAUGCCUUCAAGUCCUUCCGCAAGACCUCUGCACGCGCCAGAGCGCGCCUCCUUCGGAAAUGGUUCGACCUCAUGAUGGAAAACGCCGACGACCUCGCCAAGAUCAUCACCCUAGAGAACGGCAAGCCUCUGGCCGACGCAAAGACGGAAGUCGGCUACGCCGCCUCCUUCUUCGAGUGGUUCUCCGAGGAGGCGCCCCGGAUCUACGGCGACACCAUCCAGGCGAGCAACCCGAGCUGCCGCCUCGUCACUCUCAAGGAGCCUAUCGGCGUCUGCGGCCUCAUCGCGCCGUGGAACUUCCCCGCUGCAAUGAUCACGCGCAAGGUCGGGCCCGCGCUGGCGGCCGGGUGUACCGUCGUCGUCAAGGCACCGGCCGAGGCGCCCCUGACGGCGCUGGCGCUCGCCGAGCUCGCUCACCGCGCGGGUAUCCCCGCGGGCGUGGUGAAUAUCAUCACGGCCCUGGAUAAUACCGUCUCCGUGGGAAAAGUGUUGACGACGCACCCGAUCAUCAAGAAAGUGUCCUUCACAGGCUCGACGGGCGUCGGAAAGCUGCUGAUGAACCAAUGCUCCUCGACACUCAAGAAGCUGUCCUUUGAGCUCGGCGGCAACGCCCCCUUCAUCGUCUUCGAAGACGCCGAUCUGGACGCCGCGCUCAAGGGCCUCAUCGCUUCCAAGUUCAGAAUCUCGGGCCAGACGUGCGUGUGCGCCAACCGGAUCCUGGUCCACAGCAGCGUGUACGACAAGUUCUCGCAGAUGGUCGUGGACGCCAUCAAGAGCUUUACCGUCGGCGACGGGUUCGCCGAGACGACGACGCACGGCCCGCUCAUCCACAACCGCGCCGUCGCCAAGGUCGACGAGCACGUCAAGGAUGCCGUCGCCAAGGGCGCGCGGGUGCUUCUCGGCGGCAAGCCCCUGACCGAGCUGGGGUCCAACUACUUUGACCUCACCGUGCUGGCGGACAUGAAGCCCGGCAUGAAGAUUUGCUCCGAGGAGACGUUUGGCCCCGUGGCGGCGUUGUUUGCGUUUGAUACCGAGGAGCAGGCUGUCGAGCUUGCUAACGAUGCGGACGUUGGUCUUGCUGGGUACUUCUUCAGCAAGGACGUGUCGCGAUGCUGGCGUGUGGCGGAGGCGCUUGAGGUUGGCAUGGUUGGCGUAAACAUCGGAGCCAUCAGUGAUCCCGCCGCGCCCUUUGGUGGCGUGAAGCAGAGCGGAUUUGGCCGCGAAGGAAGCAAGUACGGCAUUGACGAGUUUUUGGUCACCAAGAUGGUUAUGACUGGCAUUGAAUAACGCCGCUUUUCCUAUCAUGAUUUAUUUUCUUUCUUAGACUAUACCCUACCAAGUAUCUUAGAUGAUAGAAUAGUUUACUCUUCCACGAAAAAUGGCCCUUUACUUAAGAC